CCGGCGCCGCCCGCCGUUCUGCAUCCCGCGAGCCUCCAGGCGCGCGGUGGGCGAAGGGGCGGGGAUGCGCCCGCCCCCCUCCAGCUGUCCUUCCCCAACCUGGCGCCCUCAAGAGGCGGGCGCCACUGCUCCCAUCCUCCGCAGCCUGCCUGCUGGCUGGGGUUGCUCGACAUCUGCUGACAAUGUCUUCACCCCUGUUCGUCUUCCCCAUCAGCAUGCUAUGAGCAGACUCCCUACUGGCCAAACAGCUUCAGAUCAAUCCUCGCCCAGAUCCGGUAGACUUGUGGAUUUUCAUCAAGAGCAGAUCCUCUUUCUGCAAGGAGAACUCUCCGAAGCUCCGCUCUGGAAGCCUGGUGCGCAGAGGUCCCAAGAGCCAGGAACAUCCUUUCCACCCUCGCCCCGUUUCAAUUUAUGGUCCAACUACAGGGACCCAGCCAGAAGUCAGCCUUGUAAGGGUGUCUGGCAGGGGCAGAAGCAGCCGUUACGUCCUAAGCCAAGCUACGCCGCUGCUUGUCCGACGGGUGGAGCUGACCAGCUGGUCUCCAGCUUUCAGGGGCUGACCUUGAGCAAGCAAAACGUGGAGCAGAAUCUCCUGGAGAUCUUGAGCGACCUGAAAUCUGGGCAGACGGUAUCCGCUCACCAUCUCGCCCACCGGCUGCACGUCCAGAAGAAAGUGGUCAACCAUCAUCUCUACAAGCUUCACCACCAAGGGCAGCUGAGUCGGUCGGGGAGAACUCCGCCACUGUGGAGGUUAGCGGAGGGGUGCGACGUCUGGGAAGCAAGCCAGGAGGGACGUCCAUCCAUCCGGGAGGAGCGCAGCCGCCUUCUGGACUUGGGGAUUGGAGAAGGAAGUUCUGCUUCGGAUCAGGAGGACUCCUCCGUCGCUUCCCCUGACAUGGCUGAAGUCAAGGAGAAGAUCUGCAGCUUCUUGUUUGGGGUGGUGGACUCCACCGCCCACAACCUGGCCAAGAACAUUGGCCUGAACAAGGCCAGGGAGGUCAACGCCGCCCUCCUGGCCCUGGAGAAGCUGGGCGAGGUGCACAAGGAGAACGCCAACCCUCCCAAGUGGUCCCUGACGGACAACAAGCGUAAACGGAUGCAGGUCAAGAUAAAAGUCGAAGAGGUCCAGCAGAUGGUCCCAUCAGACGCCGAGCCCCCAGCUCCGUGCCUUGAACCCGAGGCCCCUGCCCACCUGCCCUCCCCUCACCCUUCUCCUCCUCCUCCUCCUCCACCACCUCCGCUGCCGGAGGAGGAGGAGGAGAAGAAGAUCGAGAACGGGCAGCAGGCAACCGAACUGAUGGAACCGGGCGCCAGGCGCCCACGGUGGGGCAGCCCCUCUCGCAAGCGUCCCAGGUACUACCGCUUCUCCCUUUACGACCAUUUUGAGAAUAGCAGCUGGGCCAGCGACGACAUCCCCGAGGACAUGAACGCCAUGAGCAACCAGGACGAGUCGCGGUACAUCAUGGUGUCCCCCCUCUCGCCCAGCUACGCUGCCCAGUUCGACACGGCCUUCCAGUGCACCCCCUUGGAGAAGCUCAUGGCCUGCCAGAAGAAGAAUCCCGUCAGCGGCUUGAUCGAAUAUACGCAGUACAUGUACCAGCAUUGUGAGUUCGUCUUGCUGAAGCAGAGUGGGCCGUCCCACGAGCCACGGUUUAAAUUCCAAGCCAAGAUUGACACCCGCCGGUUCCCUCCAGCCGAAGCAGGCAGCAAAAAGCUGGCCAAGCAAGAAGCAGCCGCCAUCGCCAUGAAGAUCCUUCUCCAUGAAGCCCAGAAUGAGGGAGAGGAUGGCAUGGGGCCCGAGACGUCGCUGUACGAGGACAGCUCCUUCAGGGAGGCGGAGCUGCCUGAACAGACCGAGCCCGAGGCUGAAGCCGAGCCCACCGCCCCACAGCUCGGCCUCCUCGGCGGGAAGAACCCCAUCAGCGCCUUGAUGGAAUACGCCCAGAAGCUGGGCAGCGUGUGCGAAUUCAAGCUCCUCUCUCAGGAGGGACCGCCUCAUGACCCAAAGUUUCGAUACUGCGUCAAGGUGGGCGAGCAGAUCUUCCCCGCCGUGGUCUCGAGCAGCAAGAAGGGGGCGAAGCAAAUGGCCGCCGAGGCCGCCAUGAAGGGGCUGACUGGCGAAACCAUCCCUUCACCUGAGCAGACGGAAGCCCCCUCCGAGCCCCCGCUGGAGUUGCAAGGUGGCCAGCUGGCCAAUCCGGAGGAGGCCAAGACGGUCAGCGCCAAGGGGGUCGGCGAGCUGAUCAAGUACCUGAAUUCGAAUCCGGUCAGCGGCCUUCUGGAGUACGCCCGGGCCAACGGCUUCGCGGCUGAAUUCAAGCUGAUCGAUCAGACCGGCCCUCCUCACGACCCCAAGUUCGUCUUCCAGGCGAAGGUGGGCGGCCGCUGGUUCCCGUCCGUCACGGCGCACAGCAAGAAGCAGGGCAAACAGGAAGCGGCCGACGCAGCGCUCCGAGUCCUGAUCGGGGAGAACGAGAAGGCUGAGCACAUGGCCGAAGGGCUGGGCGUCACCGAGUUGCCGGUCAGCGGGAGCACGCUGCACGACCAGAUCGCCAUGCUCAGCCACCAGCGCUUCAACGCCUUGACCGCCCGCAUCCAGCACAGUCUGCUGGGACGCAAGAUCCUGGCCGCCAUCAUCAUGAGGAGGGGGCAGGAGGGGCUGGGGGUCGUGGUCAGCAUCGGGACAGGGAACCGCUGCGUGAAAGGGGAGGAGCUGAGCUUGAAGGGGGAGACGGUGAACGACUGCCACGCGGAAAUCAUCUCCAGACGGGGCUUCAUCAGGUUUCUGUACAACGAGCUGAUGGAGUUUGACCCCUCGGCGCCUGAAGGGAGUAUCUUUCAGCCGACGGAAGACGGCAAAUUAAAGAUCAAAGACGACGUCAGCUUUCACCUGUACAUCAGCACGGCGCCUUGUGGGGAUGGCGCUCUCUUCGACAAAUCCUGCAGUGAGCAGGCCAACGCAGCCGGGGAGGGCCAGCACCAGCCCCUCUUUGAGAACCCCAAACAGGGGAAGCUACGCACCAAGGUGGAAAACGGAGAGGGCACCAUCCCGGUGGAGUCAAGCGACAUCGUGCCAACCUGGGACGGCAUCCAGCACGGCGAACGCCUGCGCACCAUGUCCUGCAGCGACAAAAUCCUGCGCUGGAACGUGCUCGGCUUGCAAGGCGCCUUGUUGUCACACUUCUUACAGCCGGUCUACCUUCGCUCAGUCACACUCGGCUACUUGUACAGCCAAGGUCACUUGACCCGCGCCAUUUGCUGCCGGAUGUCCAGGGACGGCAACGCGUUCGAAACAAGACUUCCCGCGCCGUAUUUGGUCAAUCACCCUGAGGUUGGCCGGGUCAGCGUCUACGACUCCGCGAGGCAGACGGGGAAGACCAAGGAAUCAAGCAUCAACUGGUGUCUCCCAGAUAGCAGCAACGUCGAGGUCUUGGACGGCACAAAAGGCAAAGUGGACGGGCCCAAGCUGGACAUGUCACGCGUCUCCAAGCAGAAUCUCUUUGUCCUCUUCCGGCUGCUUUGUGCCAAGAUGGGUCGGGAAGAUCUCCAGAACUUCACCGUCUACUCAGAGGCCAAAGGCUCAGCUGUCCCCUACCAGAGUGCCAAGCAGCAGUUCUUUUGGGGCUUGCAAGAAAUGGGCUACGGGAGCUGGAUCUGCAAACCCCAGGAGGAGAAGACCUUCGUUCUGCCGGAACCCGCAGCCCCUCCUAUCCUGUGAUUUUUUUUUGUUGAUGUUGUUCUCUCUCUCUCUCUCUCUCUCUCGUUUUUCAAUUUUUUUUAUUUUCUGCAGAAGCCGGGGAGGGGAAAAAAAAAAA